CAGCGAGUCACUGCAGAAAGUCUCGCGACGCUUGGUUUUCGUCGCAGAAGAUGGAGGCCUCCGGUUCCCUGAUUGUCAACAACAAAAUGAGGACCGGAGCGGGCGGAAUCGGUGCUGGCAGCCCUCUACCAGGAAAGGGAAGAGAAUAUAACCGGAACCAACGAAAAGAUUCGGAGGGCUAUUCGGAGUCUCCUGACCUAGAAUUUGUGUAUACUGAUGCAGACAGAUGGGCUGCUGAACUUUCAGAACUAUACAGUUAUACAGAAAGCCCCGAAUUUCAGCUAAACAAGAAGUGCUUUAAUGAGGACUUUCAAAUACAUGUACCCGAUAAAAAAUGGACAGAGCUAGAUGUGUCCCAACAGCGUACUUACACCAUGCGGCUUCUCGAUGCGCUGGAAGUCACAGCCAGGGAGAAACGACUGAAGGUGGGCCGGGCUUUGCUAUAUCUAGCGCAAGGUACUUUUGGAGAGUGUAGCUGUGAAGCUGAGGUCCAGACCUGGCAACGACAUAACAUCUUCCUUUUGUUGGAAGCAGGGGCGUUUAAUGCCCUUGUGGAACUGCUGAACAUGGAAGUCGAAAACAGUGCAGCCUGUAGCAAUGCUGUUCGGAAACCCGCGAUUUCCCUAGCUGACAGUACAGAUCUGCGUGUUCUGUUGAACAUUAUGUACCUGAUAGUAGAUGUAUUGCGUGAAGAAGAAGAAUCUGACACCGAGGAGUGGAAAUCCAUGAGGCAGACAUUCCGCACUGAGCUAGGAUCCCCACUAUAUAACAAUGAACCUUUUGCCGUGAUGCUCUUUGGUAUGGUGACAAAGUUUUGCAGUGGACACGCUCCGCAUUUUCCAAUGAAAAAGGUGCUGUUGUUACUGUGGAAGACUGUGUUGUGCACCCUGGGAGGAUUUGAAGAGCUACAGGGGACGAAAGCAGAAAAGCGAAAGACUUUGGGGCUACCACCUCUUCCUGAAGACAGUAUAAAAGUUAUUCGUAACAUGAGAGCUGCUUCCCCACCAGCAUCAGCUUCUGAUCUUAUUGAACAGCAGCAAAGGAGGGGUCGGCGAGAGCACAAGGCUCUUAUCAAGCAAGAUAACCUUGAUGCUUUUAAUGAGCGAGACCCUUACAAAACAGAUGAUUCUCGUGACGAAGAGGAGGAAAAUGAUGAAGAUAAUAGUCUGGAGGCAGAACCUUUCCCUUUGGAGCGGGAAGAAAUAAUGCCACCAGCAGUUACACAGCCUGCUGUUGAUCGUCUUGCUUUUCAGAAAGGUUUACCGUGGGCACCCAAAGUAAGGGAGAAAGACAUUGAGAUUUUCUUGGAAUCUAGUCGCAGUAAAUUCAUUGGAUACACUCUCGGAAGUGACACUGAUACAGUUGUUGGUUUACCAAGGCCCAUUCAUGAAAGCAUUCGCACUUUAAAGCUCCACAAAUACACAUCUAUCGCUGAAGUUCAAAUUCGCCUAGAGGAGGAAUUCUUGAAGUGUCCACUAUCUGGGGGUGAAGAAGAAGUUGAACAAGUGCCUGCAGAGAUUUUAUAUCAGGGACUCCUCCCUAGCCUACCCCAGUAUAUGAUUGCCUUGCUGAAGAUCCUUCUAGCUGCAGCUCCGACUUCCAAAGCCAAGACAGAUUCUAUUAAUAUCCUGGCAGAUGUCCUUCCAGAAGAGAUGCCAACCACUGUAUUGCAGAGCAUGAAACUUGGAGUAGAUGUGAAUCGACACAAAGAGAUAAUUGUUAAAGCUAUUUCUGCUGUGCUGCUGCUCUUACUUAAACACUUCAAACUGAAUCACAUUUACCAGAUGGAGUACAUGGCCCAGCACCUGGUCUUUGCAAAUUGCAUUCCAUUAAUUUUAAAGUUUUUUAAUCAAAAUAUCAUGUCAUACAUCACAGCCAAAAACAGUAUUUCAGUUCUGGAUUACCCAUACUGUGUGGUCCAUGAACUGCCUGAAUUGACAGCAGAAAGUCUGGAAGCUGGGGACAAUAAUCGAUUCUGCUGGCGAAACCUGUUUUCGUGCAUAAAUCUUCUCCGUAUCUUAAACAAGCUGACGAAAUGGAAACACUCCAGGACCAUGAUGCUUGUGGUUUUUAAAUCUGCACCCAUCCUAAAGCGAGCCCUUAAAGUUAAGCAAGCCAUGAUGCAGCUGUAUGUACUUAAGUUGCUAAAAGUACAAACCAAGUACCUUGGGAGACAGUGGAGAAAAAGCAACAUGAAGACUAUGUCAGCUAUCUACCAGAAAGUCCGACAUCGUCUUAAUGAUGACUGGGCCUACGGGAAUGAUCUUGAUGCUCGUCCCUGGGAUUUUCAAGCUGAGGAAUGUGCUCUUAGAGCUAGCAUUGAACGGUUCAACUCUCGACGAUACGAUCGGUCUCAUAAGAAUCCCGACUUCCUACCUGUUGACAACUGCCUUCAAAGUGUGCUUGGACAACAUGUAGAACUGCCAGAAGACUUUCAGAUGAAUUAUGAUCUUUGGCUAGAGAGAGAGGUUUUUUCUAAGCCUAUAUCCUGGGAAGAGUUGUUGCAAUAAAACAUACAGUACAGCACCUGCACAAGUGAUAAAUUACUUCAUC